AAACGUUUCUACCUUUUAACUCUAAAGCCAAGAAAGCAAGCCAUUCAAGUUUUGAGAAAAGAUCAAAAUGGAUUCAAAAAAAUCAGCUUCCAUAGCCCUCCUUUUGGCACUCAACAUUCUCUUCUUUUCCCUAGUCAGUGCUAAUUGUGGAUCUUGCUCUUCUUCUGGCUCUAACCCAAGGCCAACUCCCACCCCUACUCCAUCUGCACGAGGUAGGUGCCCUAGGGAUGCCCUCAAAUUAGGUGUAUGUGCCAAUGUGCUUAACUUAGUCAAUGUCACCGUUGGUUCACCCCCGGUGAUGCCAUGUUGUUCCCUUCUUAAUGGUCUUGUGGACCUCGAAGCCGCUGCUUGCCUUUGCACCGCUAUCAGAGCUAACAUCUUAGGCAUCAACCUUAACAUCCCAAUUUCCCUUAGCUUGCUUCUCAACGUUUGCUCAAGGAAUGUUCCUACUGGUUUCCAAUGCUAAGUCAACAUUGUUCCUACAUUCUUUCUCAUCUUUCUUAUCGUGGUUGUGUUUGGUUUUUAAAAAUUAUGAUUCAGUAUUUACGGUACAUCAAUGUUAUCAUUAGUUACUUUGUUGUUUAAAUUUUCUUAUGGAGAUUGAUAUAAAAUAAGUCUAAUACUUUUUUAA